AUGGCAAACAUAAGGAGGACCUGUUUUACUUCUUCAUUGCCAUUAGCAACUGUGAUUGUAAUACUUAUUGCAAGCCAUGCUUUUGUAAUGCUUCCAACUCUCUGUCGUGCCUCUCAUAUCCAUUUUCAAGAAAAGAAGAAGCACAUUCCUGAGAAUCCUAAUCGCCCUAUGGACUUGUUUAGCGAGAAGAAUAAGCAUAUUCCAGAGACUCCUGAAGGAUUGUUUGGAGAGAAGAAUAAGCACAUUCCGGAGAGUCCCGAAGGCUUUUUUGGAGAGAAGAAUAAGCACAUUCCAGAGAGCUACGAAGGCUUGUUUGGAAAGAAGAAUAAGCACAUUCCUGAGAAUCCCGAAGGCUUUUUUGGAGAGAAGAAUAAGCGCAUUCCUGAGAGUCCCGAAAGCUUGCUCGAAGAGAAGAAUAAACACAUUCCUGAGAGUCCUAAAGGUUUGUUUGGAGAAAACGUACGUAUCCCAGAGUAUCCUGAUGGUCCUAAAGCCGUGGUUGUUAGCGAUAAGUGUUGA